CGCGGACUGAAAGCGCUGGAGCUUCGCCCUUGGAUUGCCCUCCCCGCUGGUGAAGGGGCGGAGAUGGUGCUGGGGCUGCUGCUGCCGGCUGAGGCUCGGGCUCUGCCGCCGCCGGGGAUCGUCAACAGGAACAGCGUGUGGCUGGGCCUCAUCGGCUGGACGGCGGCGCUACUGCAGAACGGCAUCAACCGGCGACCGGCCUUCAGAUCGGGUGUGCAUCGGCAGCUUCUGUUUCUAAGUGUUGGAUGGUUUGUUGGAUAUCACGUCACCAAGCUAGUAAACUACAAGACUGCCAAAAUGGAUAAAGAAAUGAUGGACUAUAUGCAGCACCAUCCCGGUGACUUUCCGGAAGUGGAAAGAAAGACAUUUGCUGAGAUUCUGGAGAAUUUCCAUCCAAUUCGCUGAACCAACCAAUAGUAACACAUAGCUGACUAUUCAUGUUGAGUAAUCACCCGUACUCAAAUAACUAUCGUCACGGUCUAUAAAACUAUGCUGCGAACGCAUGGUAUUUCACGUUGUAAAUUGCUUUGUAAUAAAUUAUGUGAAAUUA